UUUAAUCUAUUUUCCGGUGCACAAGAAAGCAGGCCUGUCUCCUUGCGGUUGGCAUCGGCCUUUCAAAGUUCAAGUGUGGAUCAUCGAUGGAUCCAUUUCCCAUCUGAUUUAAUUUCGUGUUAUAGUGUGUUUGAAUUGAAAUUCCAGCUUGUUAAAGAUUGGGGACUGACUGGCAAUUGAAAGAAUGGCGGCGCAAAACCAGAUUCCUAACAACGGCGAUCUGUUCGAUGCUUAUUUUAGGAAAGCAGAUUUGGACGGCGACGGCCAGAUCAGUGGCGCCGAGGCUGUUGCCUUUUUUCAGGGCUCCAAUUUGCCCAAAAACGUUCUCGCUCAGGUCUGGAUGCAUGCUGACCAGAAGAAACUAGGUUAUCUUGGUAGACAAGAAUUUUAUAAUGCCCUUAAACUUGUAACUGUGGCACAAAGUAAGCGAGAAUUGACCCCAGAUAUGGUAAAGGCUGCACUGUAUGGCCCUGCUUCUGCUAGGAUUCCUGCUCCCCAGAUAAACCUUGCAGCUACACCUACACCACAGUCGAGGGUAGCAACACCUACUCCGCAGUCCAGCGGCACCCCAUCAGUAUCAUCCCAAAAUUUUGGCCUUAGAGGUACACCUGGUCCUGGCAAUGUGGGUGUAAAUCAGCAGCAUUUCCAAUCACAGCAAAACCAGGUUAUGAGGCCACCCCAAGCUAUGCCUUCCAGCAGUUCCUCACAAGCACAACAAGUUAUUGCAGGACAAGGAAUGCCAAGGGGAGGAAACAUGGUGGCUCCUUCUCUUCCAACGUCAAGUUCCUCAACUAAUUGGCAGAGUGGAAGCUCGGGUGGCCUCACAACCAGUGGUAAUAACCAAGUUCAUGACCGAGGUGUUGGUCCUUCUACAAGCCAAGAUGGAUUUGGACUGACAGCAUCAGGUUUGACACCUUUCACGCAACCAAGACCACAAGCAACCCCUGGGCAGAUGCCUGCUCCAAAACCACAAGAUUCGUCCAUGCGAUCCAGCCAGUUAGCAGCAAAGGAUCCCAAAGCAUUGGUGGUUUCAGGAAAUGGGUUUGCCUCCGACUCCCUUUUUGGAGAUGUCUUCUCUGCAACUCCAACGCAAUCAAAGCAAACUUCUUUGGCAACUACAUCAUCUGCAACUAGCUCAACUGUCUCAACAGCCUCUAUUCCAGCCUCUGGGCCCCAUCCUUCUGUAAAGCCAAGCCCAGCUCAGUCUCUGCAGAGUACACUUUCUCAACAACCUGUGGGUGGUCAGUAUCAGCCAAGUCAUCCAACAGGGAAACAGAAUCAGCAGGUUGCAGUUCAAAGCAAUGCUGCUUCUGGUUCAACUGGGUUUCCUGCUAGAGCAGGGAACUUGGCUUCUGGUCAAUCAACUCAGUCUCUGCCCCCAUGGCCAAAGAUGACUCAGUCUGAUGUUCAGAGGUUUACGAAAGUAUUUGUACAAGUUGACACUGAUAGAGAUGGAAAAAUUGCUGGUGAACAGGCCCGCAAUCUGUUCUUAAGUUGGAGGCUCCCAAGAGAGGUCUUAAAGCAGGUGUGGGACCUAUCUGAUCAGGAUAAUGACAGCAUGCUUUCUUUGAGAGAGUUCUGUACUGCCCUUUAUUUGAUGGAACGCUACAGGGAAGGCCGCCCUCUUCCUUCAAUGCUCCCAAGUACUAUCAUAUCUGAUGAAACUCUUGUGUCCACCUCAGGUCAUCCUGCAGCUCCUUAUGGAAAUGCAGCUUGGGGACCUGGUCAUGGUUCCCAACAACCACAAGUUUUUACUGCUUCCCGGCCACCUUUACCUUCUGCUAGGGGAAGACCACCAAGGCCAGUCUCUGUUUCACCAACUGAUGCACAGGUGCAGCCCACUCAGCAAAAGUCCAAGGUUCCUGUGUUGGAAAAGAACUUUGUAGAUCAACUUAGCCAAGAGGAGCAAGAUUCUCUUAAUUCUAAGUUCAAAGAGGCAACAGAAGCAAAUAAAAAGGUUGAAGAACUGGAAAAGGAGAUACAUGAUUCAAAAGCGAAGACAGAAUUCUUUCGUGCUAAGAUGCAGGAACUUAUUUUAUAUAAAAGCAGAUGUGACAAUCGACUUAAUGAGAUCACUGAAAGAGUGUCUGCUGACAAACAAGAGGUUGACAUUUUGGCAAGGAAGUAUGAAGAGAAAUACAGGCAGACUGGAGAUGUGGCCUCUAGAUUAACCAUUGAGGAGUCCACGUUUCGUGAUAUUCAGGAAAGAAAAAUGGAAUUGUAUCAGGCAAUUGUCAGAAUAGAACAAGGAGACAAUAAGGAUGGUGCUCUCCAGGAUCGUGUUAAUCAUAUUCAAUCAGGUCUUGAGGAAUUAGUAAAAUCUGUUAAUGAACGUUGCAAGCAAUAUGGAUUACGUUGUAAACCGACUUCACUGGUUGAGCUUCCAUUUGGCUGGCAACCUGGAAUCCAAGAAGGUGCAGCUGAUUGGGAUGAAGAUCGGGACAAGUUUGAAGACGAAGGAUUCACAUUUGUAAAAGAGCUCACUCUUGAUGUACAAAAUGUCAUAGCCCCUCCAAAACCAAAAACUUCGUCAGUUCAAAAAGAAACACCUUCUGCAACUGCUGAUGAUGCUAAGACAGAUAAGGUUCCCAGCACAAGUGAGCGGAUCCCUGAGAAAGAUUUGGCAAAUGACCAAAGUGAGGAUGGCCUGGCAAAAAGUCCCUCUGAAAGUCCAGCUGUAAGUAGUACAGCAGAUAAGCCAUCUCAAGAAUUCCAGGAUUCCCAUGACACAAAGAGUAGUGUUGCUAAUGGUUCUCCACAUGCUCAGAAGACAAGUGAUCCUUUUGAUUCUCCCCAUGCCAAGAAAACAAGUGAUGCUGAUGGCUCACCUCUUGCUAAAGAAUCCAGAAGUGAUCAAGGUGGUGCUGAAUCUAUAUUUUCUGAAGACAAAGGUUUUGAUGAACCUAGCUGGGGCAAAUUUGAUACUCAUGAUACAGAUUCAGUUUGGGGCUUUGACAGUGAAAGUGGCAAGGAGAUGGAACAUGAGAGGCAUGAUGAUAACUCUCUAUUUGGUCUUAGUGACUUCAAUAUAAAGCCCAUAAGAACACAGUCGUCCCACACAGAUAACAUGUUCCCAGGGAAAGGCCCGUUUACUUUUGCAGAUUCUGUUCCAAGCACCCCUGCCUACACAGAUAACAUGUUCCAUGGGAAGAGCUCAUCUAUUUUUGCGGAUUCUGUUCCGAGCACCCCUGCUUACACAGAUAAUAUGUUCAAGGGGAAAAGCUCGUCUAUUUUUGCAGAUUCUGUUCCAAGCACUCCUGCUUAUGCAGAUAACAUGUUCAAGGGGAAGAGUUCAUCCAUAUUUGCGGAUUCUGUUCCAAGCACUCCUGCCUAUUCAGAUAACAUGUUCAAGGGGCAAAGCUCGUCUAUAUUUGCUGAUUCUGUUCCAAGCACCCCUGCUUAUAAUUAUGGGAGCUCCCAACGGAGGUUUAGUGAAGGAUCGGAAGGGCACUCAUUUGACAGCUUCUCUAAUUCAUUCAACAUGCAAGAUAGUGGAUUCUUUCAAUCCCCAUCUCUCGAUAGGUUUGAUUCUGUUCGUAGCUCAAGAGAUUUGGAUCAGGGUUAUGGGUUCCCCCCAUUGAGGUUUGAUUCUUUUAAUGGGCAUGAUGGACAUGACAGUGGGACACUCCAAUCUCCGCGGCAUUCCCUAGCGAGGUUUGAUUCCAUGCGAAGCACUACAGGGUUUGAUCAUAGUCAUGAGUUCCCAUCAUUUGAUGAUAGUGAUCCAUUUGGGUCGACUGGGCCAUUUAGGACAUCACUGGAGAGUCAGACCCCGAGGAGAGACUCUGAUAACUGGAGUGCUUUUUAGUUAAAGGAAGAUAAAAGAAAAAAAAAAUAUAAAUGCAAUUAAAUCGGCGGUUUCUUUUUCAUGUUAAGCCCUUGUAGGUCAAGAUUUUCCUCUGAUGCGUGGCGGCCUGAUUCUUUCAUUAGCAGUAUAUAGUAACGGAUAAGGAGUGAUUGUGCCCUGUAAUUUUUGCCUGUGUGAUUUUGCCAAUGUCUUUUUCUUUCACUUUUCAUAACUUUAUACCGUAGUUCAUUUUCUUCCCCUUUUACCUUUGUAUUUUUUGCUUUCUUUUUUUGUGUUAUUAUUAUUAUUAUUUUCCCGUUUUGGACAGUCUGAACGCACGUAAUAUUCUUGUUUACAAAUAGCUAGUAAGAAUCAUUGUAUUUUGAUAUGGAACGUAAAAUUUGUAUGAACUCUUUUCUCAUGCUGACGCAGAUGUUGAUGCAGU